AUGUUUCGUGUUCCGGCUCAUCAGCACCAAUGGGUGCUUGGUGUCGGUGGCGUGCAGCCUGUGCCACCACCUCAGACAGCCACCGCGGCACUGAUCGCCUCGCAUGUGGAACACGCCCUGCGUUUUGAUCUCCUGGUCGCUGCCGUCCGCAGCCUUUUGGUUCAGCAAGGGGCUGCCUUUGACCACAUCGUCAUCAGCCUCUCUACCGCCCUCGACACGUUCCAAGUUCACCGCUUGCUCACUCAGGCAACCACUGCAACCGCAGUCGGCACCGCCACCAUCCCGUUGGCCGUGGCCCCACCCUCCUCGGUUGGGCCAGCUCACCUGCUGCUUCAAGCCCUGCUGCAGGCAGUGCAGUCUGAUUUACCGCCCGGCCUUGUCUUGUGCGGAUUGCCCCAGCCCCAGCCCCGUCGCCAGUUUCAGCAUGUCUGCCUCGCUCUCGAAGGUUUCCUCAAACUGCGCCAAGAGUCGCUGGGCCACAUGCCUACCCAUGACGCUGUGAUCCUCUUUGAUGAUGACGACCUCGCCCACCCACAACUUCUACAAGUCUACCAAGAUUUCUACAUCCGCCAAGGCACAGGCUGCAUCUUUGCGACCACAGCCCUCACCCGCUCCGACUUGGACGCUCGCAUCUCAGCCACACAGCCAUCUUCACCACUCAAGCAGACACGGCAGCCCUGCCCAUCUACCAGCCCCCUUGUCGCCCUCCUGCCCUCGGAGGCCAUCGACCUUGUCAUUUGUCAGCGCCUCACCUCCAAUGCCAUGGAAGACCGUGAAGUGCAACGAAAUACCCGCCUCGACUUUUUGGCUCUCGCUGCCGCCUGCAGUGCCGCAGAAGAGCCCGAACUUCAGGACUACUCGGGCUCCCUCCUUGCCGCCGCAACACUAAAUCAGUUCCUCGAGGGACACUCACAUGUCGGUGCCAUUGAUCUCGACGGCCGCUUCGUCGACGGCUUCUUUCGCAUCGCCAUGCAACGUGUCGUCACCUGUGACAUUCAAUUGGUCUGGCAGCGUCGUUGGCGCCUCCCCUCUGAACUUGCCGCCUGGCAGCAAGGGGUAACCAAAGGACCACAAACGUUUGCCAGCGUGCUGGAUCACUAUGCACAGCUUGCCGCCCUCUCCUAUGAUUCCGAAGACGAGGACGAACCUGAUCUCAACUUCUCCUUUGCCAGCAAUAGCCUCACUGCAGCGGAUAGCCUUCCCCUCUCGGACAUUGCCCUUGCUACUUCCCACCUCUCCGGACUCGCCAUCAACCAACCUUUUCAGUGA